GCGCGCAUGUCAAAUGUAAUCCAAAAUGGCGGCAACAACAUUACAACAAGGUUCAACAUUCUUUACAGAAAUAAUAGCCUAAAUGCUCCACGAACUAUUACUAGCGCUAUCUGGGUGCUCAGGAGGAGUGUUCUUACAUAAGAGCAAGGGCGGCCUACAGGUGGCAUCAGAUCUGCCUUUCAUUCACGAGAGCGAGGCGACCUUGCUGAAUCGAAUAUGUCGUGUUGGGACGUAUUACUCGAGUUUCCAGGUGUUUAUUGAUAAGAAUACUCAACUUGUGGCAUCUGUCGUCAGCAAGGGGAAAGCUGAAUUUCAGGGGCUGUAUAUCCAGGCAUUUUGUAGUGGACUGGAUGAGGUCCUGCAAGGGUACAGGAGGGAACUACUUAGCCUAGAGCGUGAUGUGCUGACAGAUCCAAACCUUCCGCUGUCACAUGUUGAGCACAGAUUGGAAAAGUAUCAAGUACUCUUUCCUGGUCUGGCAUCAGUGAUUGAUCAUAUUGAAUCCAAAAAGGCCAAAGGCUGUAAGUUGCUGGAUAUUCUCUAUCAGAGCUGCAUCUGUGGGGUUCCUGAUGUCAAAGAUGCACUCGAGAGAAUCUUGUUCAUGUGUCAUGGUGUACUAUAUCAGCAGCUAAGUGCCUGGCUUCUACAUGGCCUGUUGAUUGACAGACAUGAUGAGUUUCUUAUUUCAAAAGUCAGUGCUGCUGAUGAAAAUGAGAGCAUAAAGCGCACAGAGAGUAUGUCACAAAGCAACUCUGAUCUGGGAAUACCUGGUGUAACCAGGAGACAACUAGCAGAAAUCAUGGAGAGCGAGGAAAAACAGCCAAUUGCAAUUCAGCAACACUACAAAAUAAAUGCUGACAUGCUUCCAUCAUAUAUCCCUACUAGAGUUGCCGAAAAGAUCCUGUUUGUUGGAGAUUCUGUCAAGAUGUUUGAAGAAGCAAAAAAUGGGAAAAAUGUGAAUAUUACAGAAUCCAUUAUUCAUGACAAUGAGGAAAUGUUUCUACGAUCUCUUCACAUGCUCCGCCAGCUGCCUCGGUUCAACGUCACAGCAUUUGAGAGUGAGAUAGACAAGAUACGUGCAUGUGUUGCCGAGCAUUUAUGGAAGCUUGUUGUUGAAGAAGCCUACCUUCUAAAACACCUUAAUGUUGUAAAGGACUUUUUCCUGCUUGGCCGAGGGGAGCUUUUCUCUAGUUUCAUAGAGAAAGCCGAAAAUCUUCUUAAGGUGCCACCUUCUGGGAAAACAUCACACGAUACAAAUGCUGCUUUUCAGCAAGUCAUUCAUAAGUUUCUGCCUGAUGAUGAUGAGUCGGCAUCACUUUUUACCCUGUCUGUUGAUAUGGCUGGAUAUCAAGCUAAGAGCAAACCAGCACCUGACACGUCUGUAGUGUGUGGGUGGGACUGUCUUCUCAUGGAAUACCAUGUCCAGUGGCCGCUACAUAUAUUAUUCCAACCAUCAAUACUUGACAAGUAUAACACAAUGUUCCGCUAUCUACUGAAUGUGAAACGGACCCAGUUGGACCUUCAGAGGGUGUGGGCCAUACAUAUGGGCUCCAAGCACCAAGCUGGACAUGUCUGCCAGCUGACAAGGGUGUGGCUCCUCCGUAUGCACAUGGCUUUCCUGGUGGAUAACUUACAGUACUAUCUGCAGGUUGACGUGCUGGAGGCGCAGUUCAGUCAACUGCUGGACAAGAUCAACAUCACACAAGACUUUGAGGCCAUCCGUCUGGCGCAUGACCACUUUAUCACCACCCUGAUGGCACAGAGCUUCCUCCUCAUGAAACCAGUAGCCCAUUGUCUUGGCGAAAUCCUUUCGCUCUGCCAGGCAUUCUGCAGUCUCUUGCUACAGGUCAGCGGCACGCUAUCAGACCGCGAGCAUGCGCAGUUUGACAACAUCGCUCAGGGCUAUGAGCGACAGUCGAGCCUGCUGUUUAAAAUACUGUCCAGCGUACGCAGCCAUCAGGCCAGUCCACACCUUGCGCAGCUUCUAUUGCGCAUCGACUUUAACAAGCACUUCUCCACCACGCCCAGCUGGACCACUGACAGCUCAACAUCUCUGCCACCUGGCUCAUCGGGUGACGUGGCCGCAGCUACCCCUAGGGCCUGAUGGGAGUCGCUAUUUCCGGCACGGUAAUAGGGUACAUUCAUUGGAGACACGCGUCUCGCCGAGUCCCGUGACCUCAGCUACCCCCAAAACCUGAUAGGGAUCACAUGACUGCCAACGUUUGUUUGCAAGACAUAUCAAGUCAUGACCACUGAAGCAACUUCACUGCCUGGGUCUUCUUGGUCAACAAAAAUUGAAAUAGCAGCAUUUUCUAGAUAACGGCACUGCCAUAUGACUUUUUGAACGCGUCAGUUACAUGGCAUGGACUUCGAUGGACAAGUUGGAAGUUGCGAAAGUAAAGCUAAUUCAAAGAACCGUGUAUCCCCAUGUGAAAAAAGUGUUCAAGUCUGUGGCGUAUAUAAAAUAGAUGAGUAAAGAAUAAGUCACUGUA